UUAAAAAGUCAAGCUUGCAGAGCAAGAAGCGGCGAGAUCUAGAGAGCCAGAAAAGGAAAGACAAGAGAAGAAACAGGUCCACAUUUGGCCCCUUUUCCAAUCCUCUUUUCCUCUCAGGAAACACAUCCUGUUGCUGGCUGACUUUGGUGGCCAGCGUGUUUGUUGCACAUGGGAGAGAGGACUUUAGCAAACGCCCCCUGGUCUCCAGACAAAAGAAUCCACCAAGCUCUGACGUCUAUGACAGGAUUUUUUCUUAUAGACGCUCGCACACACACAAACAUUUUUUUAAACUGAUCCUGGAGGAGGGUGCUGCCUCUUCAGAGCCUGCUGCAUGUGCAAACUGAAGCCCUGGACCAUGAAGAACAGCAACUCUCCCCCAUUUCAACUCUGACCUAAAGCGUUUGCAGAAUGCAUGUGCAACGUGAGAGCACAUGAGAGACACAGAGAGAGAGAGAAGUGGGCAAGACAAGAGAAAGAAGGAGCAGGAGGCGGACUGGAGGACUUCUUGUUCCAGUCAGACAGCGGAGAAACUCCAAGUCUAUGCAAAGUCUGCAGCAAGUCAGCGCCUAGCAACACUGUCCCAAACAAUCUUUUUAUUUUUGAUUUAUAAUUUAAAAAAUGGUGUUGCACUGCCACGGAAAAGCAAGAAACUAAAAAAAAGGCUUCACAAAGACGUCAAAAAAAGUGCAAAAGUUGAAAUCCAGGCAAAGUUAAGCAAAGGUUGAGAUCCAAGAGUCAAGCUGCAGCCAGUGGAAUGGACCCAGGUGCGAUUUGGAUCAAUCCCCACGUACCCGCAGCGCUGUCUGAGGAGGAGGGCUGAGGGUCUGCCACCACGACAACCAACUCCUGAAUGAGGAUGAAUGGAGAUGUUCUUUAGGUAAAGCAACACUCCUGUUACAUCGUCUGAGUGAUCUGUAACAGCAGCAAGUUCACAGCUGGAAGAAGAGGAGGUCGUGGAGGCGAGCCAGGGGUCGCAGAGCACCGCCAACGGCUCUGGCCCGGAGGACGGGAGCGGGCGGUACGCCGAGGAGGGACACCACGGAGGGGGAGAAGUGGCGGGCGUCGGGCGUCGCAUGGCCGUCCAGAGGCUGGUGGCGGCGGCGGUGGUGGUAGCCCUGCUGUCCUUGGUCCUAAACAAUGUGGCAGCUUUCACCCCAAGCUGGGUCCUGCAAGCCCUGGAGGAAGGACGUAAGAGGAGUGUGGGACUGUGGAGAAUGUGCCCCAUUAGUGUGGAAAAGGGCCGAGAUGAUCUCCAGGGUGCAAGUAAAGUGCACGGGACUCAGAGGCAGUGUGAGAACCUCGGAUGGGGAUCCGAGUAUGCAGGCUCCCAAGAAUCCCGCAGCACCGUUAAAUUGCAGUUCAACAUGAUGCGGGCGUGCAACCUGAUAGCGACGGUGGCCCUGACUGCCGGGCAGCUCAUCUUCCUCCUCGGCCUGAUGGAGUUGCCCUUCAUCACACAAGAGUCCCAGUGGUGGGAGGAAGCCAUCGCUGCACUCUUCCAGCUAGCUAGUUUUGUGCUGGUGAUUGGACUAGUUACCUUCUACAGGAUCGGGCCCUACACACACCUGUCCUACUCCUGCUACGUGAACAUUGCAGCGUGCCUGCUGGCCACCAUGGCAGCGGCCAUGCUCAUCUGGAACAUUUUACACCGGCGGGAUGACUGCCUCGCUCCACGAGUUAUAAUCUUCCGUCCCUCCCUGGCGUCGCCGUUUCAUCCGCGUCUGGACAACGACUACGUGGAGUCACCAUGCUGAGUCCCAAGACCUCCACGUGAAGCCAGGCAGGGGUAACGGACUGACGCUCAUGCUGUGCUCGGCUACAUGUCUGUAAUGGGACUCUAAAGACAAAAUGCAUUCCUCUGGCUCCAUAAAAGCUGUCCAUACUUGUUCUGACAGCUUUACUUUUAAAUAUAACAGAAUUAUUUUGCUGCUUAAAGCACAAGCACAUAUUUAUCCACAAAUACCACGAAGCAGCCCUAAAGUUCAGAUCGUACAUGUUUUACUGUAUGAAGUCUUAUAUAAUCACCCUGAGGUGAGCUUAGUGGUUGCUAACAUGGAGUUUGGGCAUGGACUGUCUUCUAAACGACGUCUUUGUAAAAAGAUCAAGCUGGACCUUGACCUAUUUUUAAUUUGUUGUUUUUUUUAAACACGCACUUAAUGAACGAUCCCUCACAUAAUUAUUAAUUGGGAAUGUUAAUACCAGAUUACCUCGUAUUUGUCUUCAUCAUUAAAAGUGUAAUAAAACUUAAAUAGAUAUUGCUAUUAUUAGCAUAUGUUGCAGGUAAGCUAACAAGGCUACACGCUGAUGUAAACAGGUUGUUUUAGCUAAAUCACUGACAUUUCAUUUCAAAACAGAAACUUAAGAGUUAAUAUUUUGAUGUAAUUACACAGAAAGCUAAAUCAGAUCUAAUCAGUAGAAGCAAAAGGACGAAACAGGAUUUAUUUUUAGUCACUGACACCUGAAGAUAAUAUAAACACUUAUAUGUGAAUUAAUAUAGUCAAACUGAUCAAAUAAGUGAAGAUGAACAUUACAUUUAUUUGAUAUAAUGCUUUCCUUAUUAAAUUCUGCUUGCUUGUGGUACAAACUAUAAACCUUAAUUUAAGAGACUAGAAUAGUGCUAUCAUUAGAGGUGGGAUUCUGGGAACAAAUCAUGCAACAUUUUCCAACUUAUAUAUGAGUCCACCAGGGCAGCAAACAAAGGGUGCAUCAACAAAAUAUGACUGUAAAUUCAAUAAAUAUAUUUCUAAAUAUA